AUGAGCUUCUUGAGGCCCUCCGCUCUGCACCAGUGCUUCAUUGCGUUCCCUUCGCUGAGGUGGAUGCCAUGCCAGAGCUGGGAGUUUCUGCGAUGGCCGGCGCUUGAUGGGCUCUUGAGACUCUUGGUGGUGGUGCUUUUGUGGACUAUGUUUUCUGAGAUUCGCUUCAUUCCUUCCUCUUCUAUGUACCCGACUCUUCGUGUUGGUGAUCGCGUCGUUGUCGAAAAGGCCUCAUAUUAUAUUAGAAGUCCUGCUAUGCACGAUAUUGUAACAUUCCCGGAUCCAACACAGCAAACUGGAGACUCGGAACAGAUUGUUUUCAUAAAGAGGAUUGUUGCAAAAGGGGGAGACUUGGUGGAGGUUCGUAGUGGAUGGCUCUAUGUCAAUGGAAUUGCGCAAAAGGAAGAUUUUAUCGCAGAACCACCCACAUAUGUAUCAAAUUUAACUUAUGUGCCUGAAGGUCAUGUAUAUGUGCUAGGUGACAACCGCAACAACAGCUUUGACUCCCAUGUUUGGGGACCCCUUCCCAUCAAGAACAUCAUUGGAAGAUAUGUAACAUGUUGUCAUAGACCUCGCAGUUGA